AAGUUAUCUGUAAAUGAAAAUCGACACCAGGACUGAGGAGGGACAAUGAGCAGCUUCUUCUCUCCCAGUGUUUCCUCGACACAUGAAGGAGGAAAGUGUCUGUAAAGUGACCUGAAGAGACUUCAGCAGGUGAGGACUCUGCUAUGAGUCAGUGUGAGGACAGAGAGGAGGGAGCCCCUCCCUCUAAAACCACUCUGUGUGGGGACCAUGACAGCCAGACCAAAGCUCAGAGGAUGCAGCAGCAGAAACCUGGACCUGAACCCAGCUGUGUGUCCAUGAAGAGUGACUGGUCUAUGGAUCGUCCUAUUGACUUUAAAGUUGAACAAGGUGCUGCUGAUGUAAGGAUGCAGCAGCAGAAACCUGGACCUGAACCCAGCUGUGUGUCCAUGAAGAGUGACCAGUCUAUGGAUUGUCCUAUUGACUUUAAAGAUGGACAAGCUGUUGAUGAAAGUCUGCAGCAAAGACCUGAACCUGAACCUGAACCCAGCUGUGUGUCCAUGAAGAGUGACUGGUCUAUGGGUCGUCCUAUUGACUUUAAAGAUGGACAAGCUGUUGAUGAAAGAGAUCAACAGGAGAGUUCAGAGGGCCUCGAUGGUCAGUCUGCCCAGCUGCAUCAAACAGACCUGGACUCCAUCUUUAUGCUGCUGGAGGAGAACAUUGUCACCUUUGUGAAGAACGAGCUGAAGAAGAUCCAGAAGGUUCUGAAUCCAGAUUACCCAGAAUGCUUAGAGAGUCAAAAGAAGGCUGAGGAUGUGUUGGACGGUGAGGAUGAAGAGCAGAGAAGGAGCAGCAGAGAUGCAUUUCUGAAGAUUACACUGCACUUCCUGAGGAGAAUGGAGCAGGAGGAGCUGGCUGACUGUCUGCAGAACAGAAUUCGUGUUGCAGUGUGCCGCCCCAAAUUCAAGUCCAACCUGGAGAAGAAGUUUCAGUGUGUGUUUGAGGGGAUUGCUAAAGCAGGAAACCCAACCGUUCUGAAUAAGAUGUUCACAGAGAUCUACAUCACCGAUGGAGGAACUUUAAAGGUCAAUGAAGAACAUGAGGUCAGACAGAUUGAAAUAGCAUCCAGGAAACCAAACAGACCAGAAACAACAAUCAAACAAGAAGACAUCUUUAAAACCCCACCUGGAAGAGAUGAACCAAUCAGAACAGUGAUGACAAAGGGAGUGGCUGGCAUCGGGAAAACAGUCUUAACACAGAAGUUCACUCUGGACUGGGCUGAAGGCAAAGCCAACCAGGACAUCCAGUUCACAUUUCCAUUCACUUUCAGAGAGCUGAAUGUGCUGAAAGAGAGAAAGUACAGCUUGGUGGAACUUGUUGAUCACUUCUUCAGUGAAACCAAAGAAGCAGGAAUCUGCUGGUUUGAAGAGUUCCAGGUUGUGUUCAUCUUUGAUGGUCUGGAUGAGUGUCGACUUCCUCUGGACUUCCACAACACUGAGAUCCUGACUGAUGUUACAGAGUCCACCUCAGUGGGUGUGCUGCUGACAAACCUCAUCAGGGGUAAACUGCUUCCAUCUGCUCGCCUCUGGAUAACCACACGACCUGCAGCAGCCAAUCAGAUCCCUGCUGAGUGUGUUGACAUGGUGACAGAGAUCAGAGGAUUCACUGACCCACAGAAGGAGGAGUACUUCAGGAAGAGAUUCACAGAUGAGGAUCAGGCCAGCCAAAUCUACUCCUACAUUAGGAAAUCUCGAAGUCUCCACAUCAUGUGCCACAUCCCAGUCUUCUGCUGGAUCACUGCUAGAGUUCUGAGGAAGGUGUUGAAGACCAGAGGGGGAGGAGAGCUGCCCAAGACCCUGACUGAGAUGUACAUCCACUUCCUGGUGGUUCAGUCCAAACUGAAGAACGUCAAAUAUCAUGGAAAAUCUGAGAUAGAUCAACACUGGAGUCCAGAGACCAGGAAGAUGAUUGAGUCUCUGGGAAAACUGGCUUUUGAGCAGCUGCAGAAAGGCAACCUGAUCUUCUAUGAAUCAGACCUGACAGAGUGUGGCAUCGAUAUCAGAGAAGCCUCAGUGUACUCAGGAGUGUUCACACAGAUCUUUAAAGAGGAGAGUGGACUGUACCAGGACAAGGUGUUCUGCUUCGUCCAUCUGAGUGUUCAGGAGUUCCUAGCUGCUCUUCAUGUCCAUCUGACAUUCAUCAACUCUGGAGUCAAUCUGCUGUCAGAAGAACAAUCAACAUCCCAGAAGACUGAAACCAGAGAAGAUGGAUCUUCACAGAUCUACCAGAGUGCUGUGGACAAAGCCUUACAGAGUCCAAAUGGACACCUGGACUUGUUCCUCCGCUUCCUCUUGGGUCUUUCACUAGAGACCAAUCAGACUCUCCUACGAGGUCUGAUGACACAGUCAGUAAGUAGCUCACAGACCAAUCAGAAAACAGUCGAGUACAUCAAGACGAAGCUCAGUGAGGAUCUGUCUGCAGAGAGAAGCAUCAAUCUGUUCCACUGUCUGAAUGAACUGAAUGAUCGUUCUCUAGUGGAGGAGAUCCAACAGUCCCUGAGUUCAGGAAGUCUCCCCACAGACAAACUGUCUCCUUCUCAGUGGUCAGCUCUGGUCUUCAUCUUACUAUCAUCAGAAAAAGAUCUGUACAUGUUUGACCUCAAGAAAUACUCUGCUUCAGAGGAGGCUCUUCUGAGGCUGCUGCCAGUGGUCAAAGCCUCCAACAAAGCUCUGUUAAGUGCUUGUAACCUGUCAGAGAGAAGCUGUGAAGCUCUGUCCUCAGUUCUCAGCUCCCAGUCCUCUAGUCUGAGAGAGCUGGACCUGAGUAACAACGACCUGCAGGAUUCAGGAGUGAAUGUGAUGUCUCCUGGACUGAAGAGUCCACACUGCAGACUGGAAACUCUCAGUCUCUCAGGCUGUCUGAUCUCAGAGGAAGGCUGUACUUCUCUGGCCUCAGCUCUGAGCUCCAACCCCUCCCAUCUGAGAGAGCUGGACCUGAGCUACAAUCAUCCAGGAGACUCAGGAGUGAAGCUGCUGUCAGCUGGACUUAACGAUCCAAACUGGAGACUAGACAUUCUCAGGGUGGAUCAUGGUGGACCGCAGAGACUGAGACCUGGUUUGAGGAAGUAUGUCUGUGAACUGGAACUGGACACAAACACAGUACAGCGAAACCUCAAACUGUCUGACAACAACAGGAUGGUGACAGCUGUGGAGGAGGAUCAGUCAUAUCCUGAUCAUCCAGACAGAUUUGACACCUGCCGUCAGCUGCUGUGUAGAGAUGGUCUGACUGGUCGCUGUUACUGGGAGGUCGAGAGGAGAGGAGAGGUUAAUAUAUCAGUGAGUUACAGAGGAAUCAGGAGGAGAGGAGAGAUUGAUGACCUUGGAUUUGGAUGUAAUGAUCAGUCCUGGAGUCUGUUCUGCUCUGAUGAAGAUGGUUACUCUGUCUUUCACAAUAACAGAACAACAUCCAUCAUCUCCUCCUCUGUGUCUAACAGAGUAGCAGUGUAUGUGGACGUUCCUGCUGGCUCUCUGUCCUUCUACACAGUCUCCUCUGACUCACUGAUCCACCUCUACACCUUCGACACCACAUUCACUGAACCUCUUUAUCCUGGGUUUGGGGUCUGGUCUGAUUCCUCGAUGUCUCUGCUGCCAGUGGUCAAAUCCUCCAACAAAGCUCUGGUGGACCAUGGUGGACCGCAGAUUCGGAGACCUGGUCUGAGGAAGUAUGCCUGUGAACUGGAACUGGACACAAACACAUUAUACAGAGAGCUCAAACUGUCUGACAACAACAGAAAGGUGACACGUGUGAAGGAGGAUCAGUCAUAUCCUGAUCAUCCAGACAGAUUUCAGUUCUGGCCUCAGCUGCUGUGUAGAAAUGGUCUGACUGGUCGCUGUUACUGGGAGGUCGAGUGGAGAGGAGCGGUUGAUAUAUCAGUGAGUUACAGAGGAAUCAGGAGGAAAGGAGACAGUGAAGACUGUGUGUUUGGAGGGAAUGAUCAGUCCUGGAGUCUGCAGUGCUCUGAUGAAGAUGGUUACACUGUCUGGCAUAAUAACAGAGACACAUACAUCACUUCCUGCUCCUCUUCUGGUAGAGUAGGAGUGUAUGUGGACUGUCCUGCUGGCACUCUGUCUUUUUACAGAGUCUCCUCUGACUCACUCAUUCACCUCCACACCUUCAACACCACAUUCACUCAACCUCUUUAUCCUGGGUUUGGGGUCUGGUCUGAUUCCUCAGUGUCUCUGUGUCCUCUGCAGGACUGA